UCUAAUUGAGGGCAAAUACAUUCCGAAGAGAGCAGCCUUUCAGUGCGAAAAUGAUUUAAACCGGGAAGGAACGUAGCAAGUUUACAUUACGCCCACGUUGAGAAUGUUCAAACGCACUUUUAAGGUGGUUUAUCGGCCCGUCCGAAACAACUUUGUACUUCUGCCGGAUCAGUACUACGGCGUCGUUUCGACCUAUGAUACUGGCUGUUUGAGUUUGCAGUACAAUGGCCGAAUGCACUACGCCUCCUGGGCGCCAGAAAAGGGCGGUGGUGGCAUCAAAGACACCGAGAUUGGGAUCAAUGCCAGGGCGGCCAAGGAGAUCGGUCUGCACGAAAAUGAUUUGGUCAAGUGUGCGCUCAUCGCUGACGUUCUCAACCUGCGCAGCGUCCACGUUACCCCCGUCUCGUCCAAGGAUUGGGAGAUCAUUGAACUAAGCACCGAAAAGAUUUCGGGCAGCGUGCUGGAGCAAACCCGCAUUGUGAACUCCACCCAAAUCCUAAUUGUAUGGAUUAAUAAAUCCAUGCAAGUGGCGCUGACAGUGGAUCGCCUAAAGCCGCACAUGAGCUAUGGUAGAAUAGAUCAUAACACGGAGCUCGUGGUGGCUCCCAACCUUUACAAGGGACUCACCAAUGGCACUUCAAAUGGUGAUAUCGAGGAGAAUUCUAAGCUAUCUAGGAGUAAAACCACUGCCCAAGUCAAGGAUGAGUUGGCUGAAAGGCCAACGCCCUUGGCUCAUUCAUCCACGGUGUCCAAUGUGAAGAAUACUCUGCAGCGGAAUAAGCGGCAGGAUCAUAUGGAGCGACUUAAAAAGGAUCUGCGUAGGGAAAGUUCACGCAGCUUUGAGUUCCGAGUGAUACGUGGUUUGUGGCGGGAACAGGCCCAGGAGUCGGAUGUGUACGUGAACCGCAAGCAUUUACCUGAGUUCUUCGAUCUGGAUCUGUUCUACUGCAUGCACACUGCCGGCGACAAGGAUUAUUAUGUAAGAGUGGGAACAGUGGAUGAGGAUCUAGAGGACGAUCUACCCGAAACCAUUCACCCCUCGAUCGAAUUAAAUGCAAACUUGAUGAAGUUGCUGGGUAUCAAAGAACUGGAAAGAGUUGUCUUAAAGCCCAAGACAACCGUGGUAAACUUUGUGGAGAAAAUUGAACUGUUUGCCAAUAAGAAGACUCACUACAAGAUCAUCGAGAAUGCAUUUAAGCGUUUUGUGAUAGAGAGAACUCAAAAGAAACCGAUGCUAUUUAAUCAGGAGGAGGUGGUGCGGUUGGAGGAUGACUUGCUAGUCACUGUUGGCAUCUUACCAGAACAUUUUCGUUACUGCGUAGUAGAUGCUCAGUUCCUAAAGGAGUCUAAGAUAUAUGCCGCUGAUUUGGUACGACCAGUAGGCGAGAUUAUCAAAGAGCAGACGCCGCCAACUUCGCCACUGAGUGUUCAGGAUCUCAUACAGCUGCCAGAGUAUGAUAAGAUUGUGGAUCAGGUGGUUCAAGAACUGCGCAUGAAUCUAUGCCUGAAUGCUGACAAUUCCGUGAUGAGGCAAUGCAAUGUACUGAUCGCUGGUGCCUCGGGAACUGGUAAAAGCGUUCUUGUAGAACGCAUUCUGGAUCAGUUGUCGCUCAAGCCGGACUAUUGCUACUUUGAGUUCUUCCACGGAUCAAGAAGCAAGGGUCGCAAGACGGAGUCUAUCCAGAAGGAUCUGCGCAACAUCUUUACCAGCUGUCUGCAGCAUGCCCCUGCCAUCGUGGUGUUGGAGAAUUUGGAUGUACUUGCCCAUUCUGCUGGGGAGCAGUCCAGUCAGGAUGGAGAGUACUAUAACCGCAUGGCAGACACUGUCCAUCAGUUGAUUGUCCAGUACACCAGCAACAAUGCUAUUGCUGUAAUCGCCACCGUCAACGAGCUUCAGACUCUCAACAAGCGGUUGAGUUCACCCAGGGGCAGGCACGUGUUUCAGACUGUUGCCCAUUUGCCCAGCUUGGAGCGGGCAGAUCGGGAGAUAAUACUUCGGGAGCUAUGUAGCCAUAUCAAUGCAUCCAAGGAAUUGGAUCUUGUGAAGUUCUCUAACCUCACGGAAGGAUAUAGGAAGUGUGAUCUUGUCCAGUUCGUAGAGAGGGCUAUAUUUUAUGCUUACCGCAUAAGCAAGGCCCAGCCCGUUUUGACCAAUGAUCAGCUAAUUGAGUCCUUGGAGCACACAAACUCCUACUGCCUGCAGGGCAUUCAGAGCAAUCAAAAGACUGGCAACGACGCAGAAGCCAAUGAAAUGCGCGUCGAGGAGCUGCCUGGUCUGGAGUCGGUAGUGGGAGUGCUGGAAGAGGUCCUAAUGUGGCCAUCUAGGUAUCCCACCAUUUUCAAUGCCUCACCACUGCGCAACCAGGCGGGAGUUCUGUUGUACGGACCGCCAGGAACCGGUAAGACCUACCUGGUCUCUCAGUUGGCCACAUCGUGGAACCUGCGCAUCAUUUCUGUUAAGGGUCCCGAGCUGCUAGCCAAAUACAUUGGCCAAAGCGAGGAGAAUGUCCGCAAUCUGUUCAAUCGAGCCCGCAGUGCCCGACCGUGUGUGCUGUUCUUCGAUGAGUUUGACAGUUUAGCACCAAAGCGUGGUCACGAUUCCACUGGGGUCACAGAUCGGGUGGUGAAUCAAUUGCUCACCGAACUUGAUGGCGUUGAAGGUCUGCAGGGCGUCACGGUAAUAGCAGCUACAUCCAGGCCUGAGCUUCUCGAUCCAGCCCUCCUUCGAUCUGGCCGCAUUGAUCGCCUGGUGGAGUGCCCCUUACCAGAUGCCCUGGCUAGGGUUCGUAUUUUCGAGGCUCUGAGCUCAACCCUUAACCUGGAAGAGUGCGUGGACUUCGAUUGGUUUGCGGGAAGAACUUCCAAUUACACUGGCGCCGAUAUCCAGAGCAUUCUAACCUCAGCGAACAUGGCAGCGGUUAAGGAAGCGAUAGCACAAUUCGGACAUGAGAAACUGCCAAAGAAAAUCUCGAUAAAGCAGAAACACCUUAUCGAGUCCUUCCAAACCACUCGACCCUCCCUCAGUGCCUCCGAUGUGGCAAAAUAUCACAAAACAUAUUCACGCUUUACGAAUAAGGAGAAGACUUCUCGAGAAUUUGUAGCCAAGCGUGCGACCUUGGCUUAAAGACAAAGACUUAAUUAGCUUAGCUUUAUCAUUAUCUUUAAUUGUAUUUCGUAUCUUUGUAAAUCGACAAUGUUUUGUUGGGAGACGCAAGUCUUUGGGUAGUGCAUACUUCAUAAUUAUUAUUGUUGAGAAAUAAAAAAUGAAUUUGUUUAAA